CAACCGCUCACAACCACCCAACUCUUUCAAGAGAUAUUGCCCCUUCAUUUUCAUAAGUGGUUGAGACGAUUCUUCUUAUAUUCUACUUCGUUCCUUUUUUUUUUUUUUUUAUUACCCACCGAUUCCACUCAUUGUGUUUUUUUCUUUCGUAUCUUACCCCGUCGAUUUUGGCUGUGAUCGAAACGGAGAUCGACACAGCCGGCGAAGAUACAAAAAAAAAAAUGCAUGAAAAUGCGACCACCCCGCCACCGCCAAACCCGCCGUCGCCCAUGUUCCAAGGUGUCCCUCCGGACCAAGUAAACGGCCGGCUCCCCCUCGCUCCUCCUCCUCCUCCUGGCGCCGCCGUCCCCGUCAACCCACACAAUCACGCUUCUCCUUUGCCGUGGUCCACUGGCCUCUGCGAUUGUUUUGACGAUUGUUCUUCUUGUUGCUUGACGGCAUGGUGUCCAUGCGUUGCAUUCGGGCGAAUCGCCGAGAUAGUUGACCGAGGACAAACAUCAUGUGGGUUGAGCGGGACGGUGUACGCAUUGAUGCUGUGGAUGUUCGGGUGCGCCUGCAUAUUGUCUUGCUUCUAUCGCUCCAAAAUGAGAGGCCAGUUGUUCCUGGAAGAGCAGCCUUGCCCAGAUUGCCUCGUCCACUUGUUCUGCGAGGGUUGUGCUCUCUGCCAAGAGUACCGCGAGCUACAGAACAAAGGCUUCGAUUUGUCCAUCGGAUGGUACGGGAACAUGGAGAAGAACCGGAGAUAUGCUACGACGACAGCUCCGGCGAUUGAAGGAGGGAUGAGCCGGGCGACAGAAGGGUAGAUCGAUCGAGCGAUUACACCAAAAAAAAAAGUUAACAAAAAGAACUAGUAGCCCAGAAGAGAUUUGGUCAUGUGAUAUAUAUGCUCAUUUCCUCGUAAACAUUUUGUAGGUAAAGCUAAUUGAUGCUUCGUCUCAAGGAUCUUAGUUUGGCUUGAUCAUCGAUUUGGCCUGGCAACUGUUUAGAGUUAAUCAAUUAAUUAAAUCGGAGCUGAUGACUACUCAAAUUCCUUAAAUUGUCUCGAUCCAGCUCUACGGGGGAAAAAAGACACGUUUGUAUAAUGAUUUGAGAUUUUAGAGACUAUAUUAUGUUGUAACUUUUUCGGAGUGCGUAAGAGGAUUUUAAUUUACAGAGAUGGACUAGAUUGUAAUUAUGAGCAAUUAUGAUGUAUAUAUAAGUUUAAAUAGCUAACACUUAAUCAUAAUUUCCUCUAUAAGUGAUCACAAUAUAUGUUUCCUAAUCUU